AGACAGCCACACUAGAGCGAACCACCGUGCGGCAGUGACUGUUGUAGGGAUACUGAAGAGCCUCCCUGGCUAUACGGCUGAGUUUAGGUGAGCCUCCGGAAAUAUUGUGCUGGUGGCACAUACCGCGAACGCUGUAGGACGUGUGGUGGGUGUAAAACUUAUCGUGCGGUUGAGUGUCCUUGUGCUCGUGUACGGACUGCUCACUCUAAAGGUGGACAUCGAAUGAUAGCACCUGUGGUAAGGGAUAGAACACGGUGAUGCUGAGCAACAUUAAACGAAGUGAAUGUAGAAGUUUAACACUGUUGUGCAUUAACAAACGAAACCAAAACAUCGAUCAAAUCAGCACCUUCAAUCAAUCGGGUUGCAUUGCACGUUUUUCUAACAGGUGAAUAAAUGGAACUGUGUGAGCAAGUGUACCCCACAACCCACGUGUGCGGCGAUCUCGCGAAUGAAGCUUUACAUAACCUCUUGUCUAGUGCAAUCGUACGUAAUAGGUUUUUGCUAUGUGUAUCGUCAUUAGCUGGUAGAAUCAUUCUGAUUGCAACAAAGCGGUGUCUUUCCCUUAAGUUUUGGUCUUUGAACAACUUUGAAUGGAACUCGGAUGAAUGGUUAGCGUACUACUACUGCUAUGGAAAUCCAGUUGUAAUAACGGUCAAGCAGAAGCUGAUUGUGCAAUCAUGUUGCGCCUGUACUGAAACUAGUAGUGAUAACGUAACACAUGUAGCUGAAGUCGAACCAGUAGACGACAGAAUGUAGAACUGGAUCUAGUAUUGAGAAAAGUGAUGAGGAGAACUGUUUGGGUCUCAUAUACACGUUAUCCAAGAAGAUGAAAAAAGUAACAGUACCGAAAGCAUUUAGAAAUAUUGAACAAAUCACGCUUACUACACACCAAUCCGUUCCUCCUUGGUGAGGUAACGUAUUCUUCAGGAUGGAGAAUAUUGGAACUAACAUGAUAAAGGCCAUGUUCACCCCGGUCGGCGGUCGAUUCCGACACACUUUUCUUCUUCACAAUUUGAAUUGACUGUUUCGUUUCAAAUCUGAUAAGUCAAAGACUCUUCUCCUGCAGUAUCAAUCGUUACUAAACAUCAAUAACCGCUGGAGUAGGCAAUUGUAAAAUUGUUACAUAAGGAUUCAGUUCAGGUUCAGGAUAGUUUGCCGGUAUAGGUGGUACACUGUUGGUGGUAGUUCCAUUACAACUUCGUUAUUGAAGCUGAAAACACUCAUCGUUUCUCAGAAUCCUUCAGAAAUCAGAACAGCACCAACAUAAAACGACGAAGUCUACCAAUCGGGACACCCAUCUUCGGUUCAGUAUCGAAUACUUUGUGGAAACGACCAGAGCCGAACUUAGCGUCGUGAUGAGUUGCAUACAGUCCUUCAAGGUGUUAUUGUUGUCCGAUGGUAAACUCAUAUUACACCGGGACGGACCCGCUCGUUUGGUAUCACCACCGGAGCAUCGGAUCUAUCGACACUUGCCUCGCCAUUGCCAGGUGUAUGUCAGAAAGGGAUUGUUCAAUGGAGUGUUCGAACAUGUUUGCGGCACCAAUCAAGGUCAAUCGUGCUUCGCUGGUGUAUGUCCCUUAUCUGAGCAGAAUCUAAUGGUGGAUCAUUCAUUUUUUUUAAAUAACUUUGCGUAAGUUUCAUCCGAUAUCACUCACCACUAUCCCUGUGACUAACCUAUCCUUGGUAAGAGUGGUGACAAAUUCAUUGCAGGAAAACAUUGUGUUGCACUUGGCUUAGUUUUAUUAUGUAUGUCUUCAACAUUUUUCAUACCGUUUUUUGUUACUCUCCUUUGCGUUCAGUUAGGUAUCUACGAUACAUCUUGGCUCACCCACGUGAAGGUGUACUUGUGCAAAAAGCAACGAGCUAGGUAACAAGUACUGUACUGUGUUCUGUCUUCGUUCUUUCGUUCGUCUUAUUCCGACGGAAAGUAUUGCUGAUAAUGUAGAGGACGAUUCAGCAAUGUCCGACAUUAACAGUAGCUUUGACAUUGAUUACGAGCAGGCGCUUACGCUAACCGGGUUUGGCUGGUUUCACUAUCGACUGCUAGCACUAUGCGGGUUAAUAUACGCCAACACGGCAAUCGGCAUUACCGUGAUGUCGUUUGUGUUGCCGUCCGCUACCUGCGACUUUCGUAUGACAUCCGAAGAUAAAGGAUGGUUAACGGCGGCCCCAAUGCUUGGUAUGGUCGUAGGUUCUUACUUUUGGGGUUGCCUGGCUGAUACCAAGGGUCGACGGAUCGUGCUGAUUGCCGCGCUACUACUGGAUGGUAUCGUUGGGUUAUUAUCUACCGCAGCGCAAAUUUUCCCCAUAUUUAUGUUUCUGCGGUUUAUAAACGGGUUUGCCAUUACAGGAGCAAUGGGUAUUUGCUUUCCUUACCUGGGCGAGUUUCAGCCUACCGCAUAUCGUGAAAAAAUUCUCUGCUGGAUGGAGCUUUUCUGGACGCUGGGCAUUGUUGUGUUGCCGUGUAUUGCUUGGAUUGUCAUACCGCUACCACUACAUUUCGGAACACCUGAUGGGAGUGUCAUUUUUGGUAGCUGGAACUUGUUCGUAGCACUCUGUGCCAUUCCAAGUCUUCUACUAGGGAUAUGGUUGUUGUACUUUCCCGAGAGUCCCAAGUUUCUGAUCGAAUGUGGUGAACCGGCACUUGCAUUAGAGAUACUGAAGGACAUCUAUCACAUCAACACCGGUUACGAUCGCAACGAGUGUCCGAUUAGGCGACUAAAGGAAUCGGACCGCAGCAACACAAUCAUGGAAACGCACAAUCGCUCAAUACGCACGUUCAACAUACACGAUCCGAAACACAUGAAGAUCCUGCUGCCAGAAAUUUGGGAACAAACGAAAGCCCUCUGCAGUGCCGAGUUUCGACGCAACACGGCACUUGCCUGUGUGAUCCAGUUUGGUAUCACCACUAGCUACUACACGUUGAUGAUCUGGUUUCCGGAGCUAUUUGGGCGUUUUGAGGAGUAUGAGAAGCGAUACCCGAACUCAGCCGUAUCGGUGUGUGACGUGUCAUCGAUCGUGCUUCAGAACGUUAACGAUACACUCGUGGACGACUUUUGUGGUACGGUGAUUGACACGAAAGUGUACUGGCAUACGCUCUUGCUGGGGAUUGCCUGCAUCCCGACCAGCUUAUGGUUACCGUUGUGUGUCCAUCGGCUUGGGGCAAAAUUCUUUCUCAUAUUCAGUCUGACGGUGGCCGGUCUCGUUACUGUUGGCCUCGCGUACGUAGGUAACUCGACGCAAAAUCUCAUUCUUUCCUGCAUUUUCGAAGCACUUACUUCAAUGGGGAUCAGCACCGUUUACUGCGUUAUGGUGGAUCUAUUUCCAACCAAUCUACGAGUAAUGGCGGCUGCAUUUUCACUCACCUUUGGUCGCUGUGGAGCGUUGCUUGGAAACCUUAUGUUCGGGUUUCUCGUUGACUUAAACUGCUUCGUCCCGAUAGUGCUGUUUUCGAUUAUGCUCUUCGGAAGUGCAAUAUUGUGCUUUUUUCUGCCUAAUACAGGAACUACAGCUCUUCAGUAGUUAGAUAAAAAAAUCAAAGAUUUAGAUUUUUAGAUGUUAGUGAACUAGUUAGUGUGAUGUAACAGUAAUAGUCCUACAACAAAAAAAUCUACCAUUGUUUAAACAUGCAGUAUUUUACAGUAGUUUAAGUUGACGUUAUUUGAUUAUCACUUUAAAGACAGACGGAUAGAAAAUAAUACAACAUAAAAACACGAAGUCCAUUGUGAAGGGAAACGUAAAACAAAGACACUCGACAACUUUCACUUCGUGAAAGAAACAAACCUUAAAAUAAAAUAUUAAACAACACCUAACGCCUUGUAAUAAACGUAAUAUGUCCUAUCCUCUG